AUGGUAGAUGGCUACGUAGGCGGUGAGCGCAAACGGUGGAGUCAACAGCUAUUGACUGCCGCAUCUCCGGCGUUGGACCACAAGGAUCGACCUGUUAACAACCCCAUUCACACCACAGGUACUUUGUCACGCUUGAACCCUUCCACCCCCACGUCCACCUCCACCUUUACCUUCACCCUCAAUCUCCGCAUUCACAUCCACAUUUCCAUCUCAAGCCCUCCAGACGAUAAACAGGUCACUAACUACCACCAAUUACCGCAGGUCUUCUACACAACACCCUUAACCUACGCCCUCGUGAACCUGAAACCAAUCUUACCAGGCCAUGUCCUUGUCUCACCCCGCCGCGUCGUCCCCCGCGUCUCAGACCUAACCGCCGCCGAAACAAGCGAUCUAUUCCUCACCGUCCGGCGCGUGGGACGAAUGGUCGAAAGGACACACGGCGCCUCGGCUCUGAAUAUCGCCGUGCAGGAUGGUCUGAAUGCAGGACAGAGCGUGCCACAUGUCCACUGCCAUAUUAUCCCGCGCAGGGCGACAGACUUAGAUCACCGCGGUGGCACGGAUGCUAUCUACGAUAUGUUGGAUGGGGAAGAAGGCGAUGUCGGCAAGGUAUUCCGCGAGGCUGGUGAUUCUAGCUCGGAGCGUGCGGAAACCAGGACGAGAUUCCCUGUUGUUGAUGAUAAAGAUCGUAAACCGCGUGGGCCGGAGGAUAUGAAGGCUGAGGCUGAGAUGCUGGCGCGAGAAAUGGAGAAGGAGCCCGUUGAUUGA